AUGAAGUUGUUGGUAAUAGUUGCCACGGUCGUGGUCUCGUCAUCAGCGGCUCCCCAGGGCUAUCACCUGGAUACACCUUCAGGACCAAGCUUUCGAUUGAGAGGUUCAGACUCAGGUUCUGGAACAGGAGGUUUAAGCUCAGGUUUUGGAACAGGAGGUUUAGGCUCAGGUUUUGGAAUAGGAACUUCUGAUUCAGGUUUUGGAACAGGAAUUUUAAGCUUAGGCUCUGGAAUAGGAGGCUUAGCCUCAGGUUUUAGCUCAGGAGGAUGCGGGCCCGGAAGGGUGCUGCAUAUUGACGGCAGAUGCGUUACUCCACGCGUCAACCGCAAAGUUUACUUGUAUGACGCGCCACCCGUACCCGUGUCCCAUGGUCCCCCACCCUACAUUCCAGAGCCAACUGUUGAGACAAACAUCUUGUUCAUCCGAGCACCAGAACAAGGACAAGGACCAGAACCUAUUGUUAUACCUCCUCCUAGACAAGAACACGUUGUGUACGUCCUUAACAAAGAGUCGCCACAGCAACAGGAAGUGAUCGAACUCCCAGCUCCGCCAGCGAGCGAACCUGAAGUUUACUUCGUGAACUACGGUGACGGCGAGAACCCUGUUCUUCCUAGCGGCGUUGAUCUCCAGACUGCCCUGAACGCAGCUUCCCAAGGUGGUGGUCAAGUGGUAGGAGGCGGUGCCGGAGGCGUUGGGGGAGGUUUUGGAAGCAGUGGAGGAAUCGGUGGAUUCGGAAGUGGAGAAAUUGGUGGAUUCGGAAGUGGAGGAAUCGGUGGAUUCGAAGGAAGUGGAGGAAUCGGCGGAUUCGGAGGAAGUGGAGGAAUCGGUGGAUUCGGAGGAAGUGGAGGAAUCGGUGGAUUCGGAAGUGAUGGAAUCGGUGGAUUCGGAGGAAGUGGAGGAAUAAGUGAAUUUGGAGGAGGCAUCGGUGGAUUCGGUGGAAGUGGAGGAAUCAGUGGCUUUGGAGGAAGUGCAGGAAUCGGUGGAUUCGGAGGAAGUGGAGGAAUCAGUGGAUUCGGAGGAAGUGGAGGAAGCGCUGGAUUCGGAGGAAGUGAAGGAAUCGGUGGAUUUGGAGGAAGUGGAACAAAUGGUGGCUUCGUAGGAGGUGGAGGAAGCAGUGGAGUCGGAAGCAGUGCUAUCAACGGCGGUCUCGUGAGCGGUGGCGACAGCGGGCAAUUUGUCGUCAGCGGUAUUUCCGCUCCUCCAAGCCUUUAUUCCUUGCCUUAA